CUGAUUAAUAUUCAAAUCAUUUUUCUCUAUUAUAUACAUAAACACAUAUAUAUAUUCUUUGUGACCUUUUGAAGAAAUUGUUGAUACAUGUAGAUUAUUAUCAUGGAGAAGGACAAGGGAAAGAGAGCAAUGUAUGAAGCAGAAGAUGUUGAUCUUCUGAAACUUUUGAUGGAUCAUGGUAAUCAGCCUGAUGUUUCAUCACCUUUUCAACCAUUGUCACCUCUCUGGGCAAGAAACCCUACCCAAAACAGCUUAUUAACCAAUUAUGCUGGUGAAGCUAUUUUGCUUCAAGGAUCAUCUUCGUCAUCAUCAUCGAAAGAGGAUACUGUUCUGGAAGAACAAGAAAAAUUGGAGGAUGCCGAUGCUGAUGAUUUCUUUUUUAAGCUGUUGACCAUGAGCACUGAUGAUUCUGUCCUCCAUCUUGCUGCUGCUGGAUCUUCCAACCCACCGGUAACUAAAAAUGUGUCCGAUGACGGUAUUUUGCUUAUUAAUCAGCCUGAUGUUUCAUCACCUUUUCAACCCUUGUCACCUCUCUGGGCUACCCAAAACGGCUUAUUAACCAAUAAUUCUGGUGAAACUAUUUUGCUUCAAGGAUCAUCUUCAUCGUCAUCAGGUUCACCAUCAUCAAAACAAGAUUCUGCUCUAGGAGAACAAGAAAAACUGGAGGGUGCUGAUGAUGAUGAUUUCUUUUUCAAGCUGUUGACCAUGAGCACUGAGGAUUCUGUCCUUGCUGAUGAAUCUUUCAAGCCACCGGCAACUGAAAAUGUGGCUGAUGAUGAUAUGGACUUGAGGAUUGUUGCACCGCCAGAAGUGGCUGUGCAUCCACCGGCCAUAGCGGCACCGGCAGCAACCAACAGAUCAGCUCUACGAAGAGCAAAAGGAAAGGUCAUGUCUACUCAAGAGAUUGAAGAACUUGCCAUGCAAGAUCCAAAGAAGGCAAAGAGAAUUAUUGCAAACCGAACGUCUGCUGUUAAGGCUAAGGAGAAGAAGAAGUUGUAUAUAUGUAUGCUUGAGGAUAAAAUACAAUCAUUGAAUUCUGAAAGAGCUGCACUAAAGGCUCAUUUGACCUUAUUGCAGACAGAAAGUAAAGGCUUGAACGCUGAGAAUGUCAAGCUUAAAGAACAGACAGAUUUGGUUUUGCAUCAGCUUCACUUCCAAGAAUCAUUGAACGAAGAGGUAAGAAAUGAGAUCAUGCAGCUGAGAACUUUAACACAAAUGAUUCCAAGAAAUGAAAUGAUGCUCAACAACAAUGGAGAUUCUACAAACAACAAUAACAGCACUGAUCUUGCAAUGGAUCAAGCAUCCUUGCCUUUGGGCAGAGAAGAAUUCCUUCACCUGCAGAACCAAGUUCCAUAUCCAUAUCAGAUGGAUCAACUUCAGAAUGGAGUUGAGCAGAUGAAUCUUGGGCAGCAAUAUUAUCCAUGGCAAGUUCAACCUGAUCAUCCCCAAACUCAGCAAGCUACCCCAUAUCAAGACCUGAUGCAGCAGCAACCUCAAAGUCAAGAGCAGAAUCACCACCUACAAUAUCAAUUGGAGGAGCUGCUCCCUUAUGAUUAUCUUCAGCAGCAUCAAGAAGUUUCACCAUUUUCUGAUCAGGAACCAGUCAUUGCUCAAGAUCCUAAUAACAUUGCAAACCCUCCUCCUUAUUCAAGUGAUGAUAAAGAAAGCAAUGAUAACUACUGCAGUUUGGGGGGUGUAAGCUAAUAAUUUCAAAGUACAGCCAUCAACAUGGGUACUACUCCUAAUUAAUGGAAUUCAUGUAUGUUCUUUUUCUUAAAAAAAAAAAAAGCCUGGUGCUGUUUAGUCCUUUAAUUUGAAUUAAACUGGACUAGUUGGUUUGUUUUUGUUUUCCAGUUAUAAUUUCAGGACAAUUUGGAUGGUUAAUUAUCAAGUAUUUGGUUUCUUUCUUUUGGGAGUAACUAUUUCUUUUUUCUUUUUCCUUUUCUUUUUCCAAAGAGAGAGAGUUCUAUAAGAAAGGGAAUUAAUUUUCUUGCCUGUAUAAUUCUCAAUGACUAAAAUGACAAAGCUACUGAAAAUUUGCAAUCAAAUAAAAGAAUUUCGAUUAGAAAUAAAUAUUAGAAUAUUAUUCCUCAUUUCUAAAAUAUUAGGAUCUUAUUAUUCA